AUGGCGUUAGAUGUGUACUGGAUAAAUGGUAUCUGCAGGGUCUCAUUUAGGAAAGGCGAGCGACCUCGUCGUGUCAAAGUUACGGAACUGAGUGACCGCAAGCCCCACCAGUCAGGAUAGUGUCUCCGUUUUGCUUUUCAUAUAAAAAUUAUCGUCCUCGGCGCGGUGUUCGCCGCGGCAAACGCCGGCCUGCUCCCGUACCACGGCUCAGCCGUGUCAUCGCAGAGCAUCAUACGCCACGACGCGCCCGUCCACUACGCCGCCGCCGCGCCUCUGCUCCAUGCCCCCAUCCACGCCGCACCCCUAAUCCACGCGCCCGUCUUACACGCCGCCCCCAUCGCGCUCUCCCAUGGACAUGAAUACUCUCACCCCAAAUACGACUACUCGUACUCAGUAGCUGACCCCCACACCGGCGACCACAAGUCCCAGCACGAGAGCCGCGACGGUGGCGCCGUCCACGGCAGCUACUCCCUGGUCGAGCCCGACGGUUCCGUCCGCAAAGUAGAGUACACCGCUGACGACCACCACGGUUUCAACGCCGUUGUCCACAAGACCCCCGGCCACCACCCCGCGCCGGUCGUCCACGCGCCCAUCGUGCACGCCGCCCCCAUCCACACCAUCCACGCCGCUCCCGUGGCGCACCUCGUCCACGCCGCCCCCGUAGCGCACCUCGCGCUCUCCCACGGACACCACGGCCUCCAUUACCUGAUCGUAGCAUUUAUGUUAAUUUCGGCCAGUAACGCGCUAUUCCCGUUUCAUCAUCACCACCACCACCCCGCUAUCUCGCACCAGGAGGUGAUCAAACACGACGGACCCCAUCACCCGAUACCGAUUCAUCACGUCCCGAUUCAUCACCACGUGCCGAUUCAUCAUCACGUGCCGCUGAUUCAUCAUCAGCCGAUCAUACACGAACCCCAUCAUAUUCCAGUGCAUCAUGACCAUUAUUCAUUCCCCGAGUACAAAUUCGCGUACUCUGUCCACGACCAUCACACGGGCGACGUGAAGUCGCAGCACGAGGUGCGACACGGCGACGUGGUGCAUGGUGGCUACGAGCUGAUAGAGCCCGACGGCCGGCAGAGGAAAGUGGAGUACAAGGCCGAUGACCACUCGGGAUUCAAUGCCAUCGUCCACCACUCGUCGCCUCAUCAUCACGUCCACCUGUCCCACCACAUCGUUGUAACAACGUUUGGAGUUGUGCUUUGGACAGUAGCCCAUGCACAUCCGCCCUACUCUGAGCAAAGGGUGAAGAUUGUACACCAUGUCGGUUUGAGCGAAAAGGGAGGCCAGUCGAAUGAACAUGGAGAGAAAUACGCAUGGGCGUAUCCCUCAUAUGAGUUCGCAUACAAAGUCUCCGAUCCUCACACUCACGACUUCAAAGGCCAGUAUGAAAAACGAGAAGGUGAUGAACUCAAAGGAGUUUAUUGGUUAACAGAACCAAAUGGUCGCAAGCGCAUCGUUAAAUACCACGUUGAUAAAGAUAGCGGAUUCAAAGCCCACGUAGGAUAUAAAGAACCAAAUGAAAAUCAAGAAGGAGGUCAAGAAAAUAACCAAAGUGGUGAAGGUAACGAUGGAAAUAACGACCGUGAAGAAGGAAUAAACGAGGGCGGUAAUGAAGGUGGAAAUGGAGGUGGUGAAGAGGGAGGAAACGAAGGCGGUAAUGAAGGCGAAAAUGAAGGCGGCAACGAAGAUGAGGGUCAAGAACAAAAUGAAGGAGAAAACGAAGAAGGAAAUGAAGGUGAAGAAAAUAAUGAAGCAGGACAAGGCAACGAAGAUCAAGAAAAUAAUGAGGAAGGAGGCAAUGGUGAAGGAAACAAUGAAGAUGAGAGUAGUGGUGGUAGACAGCGUGGAAAAAAUAAGAAAUAUCAAAAAUGGAGCUGGGAAUACAAAAAAGGUGGCAACAAGGGAAAAGAAGGUAGAGGAGGUCAAUCGCAAAAUGGGGGAGGAAAUGGCGGAAAUCAAAAUGGAAGUGGUGAAGCACAAAGAAAUGAAGGUCGACGAGGAAACAAAAGCCCUGUUGCCUGGUGGAAAAACUGGGGGCCUUGGCGUAGUAGUCAAGAAGACCAAGGAAGACGUGGCAAUGAAAAUAAUAGGGAACAAGAGGAGAAUAACGAAAAUGAGGGUGCAGGCAGCAACGAAAACAACGAAGGUGAAAAUGGCGAAGAAGGGGAAAAUAAUGAGGAGGGUAAUGAAAAUGAAGAAGAGGAUAACAGUGGUGAAGAUAGACGUCGGAUGAUGAAUUAUUCAAAAAAAGAGCCGGUCGUGGUCAUGAGCAAAACGGUCAAGGUGGAAACGAAAGAAAUAAUGGAGAGGAAAAUGGUAACGGAGGACAAGAUUGUAUUGCUGGUUUGGGUGACAUUUUCUGUACACGGUCAUCCGUCAGGAGCAAUAUCGGAACAAAAAGUUACUAUCCACCACAUCAUAGAAAACGAUGACCAAAACUCGGCCGAUGGACAGAAGAAGCAAGAGUAUCAUGAAGAAUACGCUACAGCGCAUCCUUCUUAUGAAUUCUCGUAUAAAGUAUCGGACCCUGAUUCAAAGGAUUUUAAAGGCCAGCACGAAAUUCGUCACAAGGAUAAAGUAAAGGGAACCUAUUGGCUCGUCGAACCUUUAGGACAAAAACGUACUGUCAAAUAUAAAUCCGAAGGGGACAAGGGAUUUAGAGCUCACGUCAGCUAUACUGGAUCUAACAAUCAGCAACAGGCAGAAAAUAAUGGCAACGGAAAUGGUUGGCACAAACAUAUUGAAAACUAUAAGAAAAAAUCUGAAGAAAACCAAGAAUCGAAUGGUGAAAAUGAAGGUGAAAGUGAAAAUAAUCAGAAAGACGAUAAUUCAAAUAAUAGCAACGGUAAUGGCAAUGGAAAAAUUAAUAAACACGGAAAUGGUAACGGUAAUGGCAACGGAAAUGGUAAAAGAAGUGGCAAUGGGAACGGCAAAAGUAACGGCAAUGGCAAGGGGAAUGGCAAUGGAAACGGCAACGGAAAUGAAAAAAGUCAAGGCGACCAACACAAAAAUUGGUUAAAACAUACACAAAAUAAAAAUAAAAAUGAAGAAAUUGAUAAUAACAAUUCAGAAGAGCAAAAUAAUGACAAGGCAACAAAUAACAAUGAUCAGAAAAAUAAUGAUGAAACAAAUAAUGCAGACAGAGAAAUAAACCGAAUUUCUGAACAAAACGGAAACAAUAAACACAAUGAGUGGCAUAAAAAACCUAAACAUAACGGUCAAAAUAAUGACGGUACGAAUAAAGUGGAAAAUAAUCAAGAUGAAGAGGGAAAUGAGGGAAAUGAGGAAAACGAGCAAAACGAAGAAGCGAAUAAUGAUGAGGAAGCUAAAAAUGAAGAAAACAAUGAAAGUGGCGAAAACGAAAAUCAUAGUAAACACUGCCAUAAAAAUGGUCACAAAAGUCAAAAAAAUGGAAGUGAUAAAAGAAGGGCAGCACCACAAAAUGGUUCUAAAAAUGGAAGGAAGCAGCCUAAAAAUCAUAAGAGCAGUUCAAGUAAUGUACAUAUUGAAUUCAAAAAUGAUGAGAAGGAAGAAGAAAAGUACGAACAUCAUAUAAUCAAAACAUUGCUUGCGUCACUUUUGUUAGUGUGUGUGUGUGCAAACAAAGAGCCCGACGCUGAUUCAAGCUCGGUACACGAGUAUGAAGACGCUCAGGAUCGGCGUGGACAUGAAGAUGUUGAAUCUGAAGAGAGUCGUAUCGUACAAGAUGUAUACAGCCCUGACUACUACGAGCCCAACAUAAUUCUGGACUACCGAUAUCUGAAAACCGGUGGUAGAAGAUUCACCAGGGGCGACGGUGGGCAAAUCCUCAUUUUGCCCAGAAGAAACGGCGUGCCAAUACCCCAUAAUGACUACGACAGUUUGCUAGAGUAUUUGAGGCUUAAACGUGAAGCAGAUUUGAACAAAAUCUUGCUGGAAAAUCAUCGUAAGCACAAAAAUGGAUAUGAGCAACACCUAGACACGACUCCAGGACUUUACGAGAGAGUGGAAGGACCUUACGAGUAUGAACAGCAACAGUAUACACAAGGUCACCGUGGAUAA